AUGAGAAUCACAACUCACUUGAUUUUUAUCUUAAUCUCGGUAAUCUUCACAGAACAGCAUCACUUCUUCGCUCCCAUUGUUGGAGAGGGAUUGGGCUUUCCUAGCAUGGUUUACGAUGGACACCACUUUUUUGGUCAUGAGCGACUGUUUCAUCCAGGUUUUCCACUAGUGGUAAAUCCCGCUUCGGCUGAUCUCAGAACAAUCGCGCAACUUCCUGUCGUAACCCCCUCAGGGGCUAAGCUUGUUGCACCAGCAUUUGGUGCUUAUCUUCCCGCUGAGCUAGCAAAAAGUGGUGGUGUAAAGCCAAAGCAGAUUGUGGGUCCUCCCAGUGCAGGUGGUCGACCAACUGCAAAUACUGUCACGACAGACCUUGCAGUCGAGAAAUCUAUAAUGCCAAUGUCAGAUACAGCUGCAAAGGCUGUGGGUUCUACUGUUCCACUAUAGUGCAAUUCUAAACAUGAUUGUAUAUGACUGUAAUCGAGAUGUAACUUGCGAGUUAGACUGCCUUUGUGCAAGUCUUUUC